CGCUGAAAUUAAGUAUGUUAAAAAUAUAAACAAGAAGUUGUAAUUUUUAAUUUAUUCAUUUAAACGUUAAAUUUUUGCUUUAUUUUUCGUGUUUUUCAUUCAUCAUCAUGCUGUCAUGUUUUAAGGGUGAAAAUUCUACCUUGUGGGAAAAUAGACUGGAGACUAAUCACGCAGCUGUUUAUACUAGUACAUCAGGUUUCAGUGAAGAAAAUGUCCCAAAAAUUUCCACUAUUAUUGAAUCUGUAAAAAGAUACGAUGUAUUUAAAUAUGCUGCCUAUCGAACUGCAUUUAAGCUUCAUACCAUCCGGAAAGCAUCUAAGUUACACAGAGUUGACUUAAUGACUGUAAAUACAAUCUUAAAUGAUUAUGAACUCGAAAACUCCUCCCUUGAUGAAACUAUCACUUUAGCAAAAGCUCAUAGCUUGAUGUCUGUUCUGUAUACAGAAGCUGGGAAAAAAUAUGGUUUUUCUGAUGAACCUAAUCAAAUGGCAUUUUUAUUUGUUGCUUUUUUACAAAACACUUUUGUAGAGAAUGAAAGACCUAUCCUUUUCUUUCACUUAAAAACUGCUCUCACACUCUUUUCAUCUGCUAAGUUAUCAGAAAAAUUCAAGUAUUUAUUUCACUGCUGUUCCAAUGGAAAUAUCUUGACUAAGGAGAAUUUGUCCAUUUUGUUAACUUCUUUAUCUAAGUUUCCAAACCUUGUGGGAGAGCAAGUGACAUUUGGUUCUCAUCUUGUGCCCAAAUCCAUUAAGCAUCUGCUGAAAUUUAGUAAAGGAAAAGUUACAUUGAAAAACUUUCAAAAGUGGCUAGUUUUAGAACCACAGUCUCUUGUAUGGAUCUCAACUCUUCAUAGAAUUGCUGCAUCUGAAACAACUCAUCAUUCCAUUACCUGUGAUUAUUGUCAUAUCCACCCAGUUGUUGGUUUCAGAUAUCGAUGUAUACAAUGCAUAAACUAUAAUUUAUGCCAGAAUUGUUUCCUUCAUGGCUGUGUCAACAAGGGACAUAAAGAAAAACAUCCUGUGCAAGAAUUUUGUCAUCCUGCAACCAAAUGGGAGGAAGCAAAAGCUGUCAUUAAUGCUGUAAGAAAUAAUAUUUCCUUUGUUCGCUGUCCAUCCAAAGCUUAUUUGAGUUUUGAUGAAGAAAGUAUCAGUGACAGCAUAAAAGAUAAAUCAAAUCAUCCAUCUAACUCUCCAGUUUUAAAUUGUUCUUUGAAAAAGUCCACUGCCUCAUAUGUUGUCAAGGAAUUAGCUGUAAUAAUUUCUCAACUUGAAAGUGAGAAAAGAAAUCAGUUUUCUAUGCCUGAAUCUUGCAAAGAAAAUAUUCCUAAGAAUGAAGAGGUGAAGAAUGAUUCCCAAAGAGAAGAAAAUGAGAAAUCUGAUCCUUAUCAUCCAUCAACUAUAGAUUUGAUCCUUGAACGCUUAAAAAAUUUGUUGCAGAGUUUAGAAACUAAUGACAUUUCAAAAGAAAACACUGGACUUUCUCCUGUUCCUCAUGUACCUUUCAAUAAAAUGGAUCAUUAUUUUGAAAGCACUCCACUAAGUUCUGGUAUUCCUCUGUAUGAGCCAAAACUAGCUUUGAAUCAUCUAUCCAACUCCAACAUCAAUUACAGUCAAAACACCACUGAGAAACAACGUAAUUGCAACACCUCGUUGGAUUUUACUCCCGUUUUCCAGAGUGCUAGUUCCGGAAACUUCACCGAUUCAGAUGUAUUGAAAUCGUCCUCUUCCAUGACGUGUCCUUCUCCUAUGCAAUCAACAGGAAUUUCACUUGAUUUGGGAUCCUCUUUGAAUAAUACUAGUUCUUUAAAUUAUUCCGAAAAAAUUGCACCUUUAAGUGAAAGUAAAUUAAGCCCAUUAUUUUUAUCAUCUUUCAAUAGUUAUGGAGAAUCUUUAAAUUAUAAUCCUAAUGAUUGCAACUAUUCUGUUACUCCGAUGAAAAAGUUUUUGUCUGCACCAUCUGUUAAGAAUUCGAUAUCCUCUACUUUUAUCUUAAAACCUAGUAAAAGUCUAGAAGAUUUAGAAAUGGAGCUGCAAUCUAUGCUACAGCAUAUAGAGGAAUUAUUACCACAAAUGUCUGGUUUAUCUACUAGUACACGAGGUUAUAAAGAUAAAAUUAUAAAUACUUUGUCCGAUAUGGAAGUUUCUGUGAAGAAGCUAUCACAUCUUUCAAUAGCUUUGUCUACUGGAAGUACUGAGUUAUAAAUUAUUAUUUAGCUUUUUUUUUAUUAACCUAUAUAUUUAUGUGUGAAAUCAUACAGUUCUUAAAAGCAAAUUAGUUUAUAUUGUUAUUUAUUGUUACAAUCACUUUUGAGGGCUGCCUAUAUUAUGACACAAAAAUGUGUUUGCAAAAAAAUUAUAUUAUAAAUUAAAAAAUUUGUGUUUAUUAUUUAAUUUUCAAUGUCAGAUGUUCUGGUAAAUUCUCUUUACUUUCCCUUUUUUUCUGAAUGAUACACAAUUUAUACAGAUACAGUUUUUUUAGUUUUCCUUUCAAAUCAUUAUGUUUGCACUGUUUAAAUUAAUUUUUUGACAGUUUUUUUUGUAUUGAAAAUUAUUAACUCUUUAUUUUUCAUAAUUUUUCCUUUUAUAUACCAAUGAGACUUUUUAAGUUCUACUAAUAUUAUUUCCAUAUAGCAUUAAAACAGAACAAAAUAUUUGAUUAGAACUUGUUUGUCCCUGUAAUAUGACUUUCUGUUUAUCAUUACUAGUUGACAACACAUGAUUAUUUGAAAUUGAACACGCCCUAUGAAACUAUUUAGUUUUUAAUAAGUAUUUCAGUUGGAAAUGUUUUAAGAUUUUUCAAUUUCAUUAUUCAAUUUUUAACUUUCUAUCCUGAUCAAUUUUGCAAGUAAGUCUUUCAUAUGUAUUUUUUUUUUCUUUUUUCGAUUCAUUAACAUUUGCAACUAGUUAUAAAACAAAGUGUUAAAUUUUAAACUUUAGUAAAAAUUUCAUAAUAUGGUGUAAAUACCAAAUAAAAGAUUUCAUUAAAAAUUAUAAAAUAAUAUUGGUUAUUAAAAAGAUUUUUAAUUAUCAAUAUCGUAUAUGUGUAUUGUAAAUUAGACAUUAUUUAAUGGGACAAAAAAGUUUCGUAUGUUUUUGAUAAUUUGGUAAAGAAAAAGUUAAUUCACUAAAUGCAGCUAUCUAUGAAAAUUUUGAAACUUUUUCCAUGCCUAAUAAUUAUAAGUAUUGAACUAAUAAUAACAAUAUAAUUUUGUUUAUACUUAAAAUAUUAAUGAACCUAAUUGCUAUGGUAAUAAGCAUAGGCGCACUUUUUAUUUUUAGGAAACUUAGUCUAUUUUAAGUUUUAUACACACAUUUAUGUAUAAAACUUUACAUAUAUUCAUAUAAAAUAUAAUUAUGGAUAUAUACAUAAAACUAAACUAACAGUUUUCUAGAAAAAAAAAGUGUGCCACCCUCACACUAUGCCUAUGAUAAUAAACUUACUUAUUUCAAAUCUACUUAAUAAUAAAGUAUUUUUAAUGUAUUUCAUUUUAUGAUUUAUAUGAUCUUUUAUUGUGACAGAAAAUUCAUAAUUUAAAACAAAAGAUUUUUUGAUUAUUACUAUUUAUCUUGAAAAAUUGGAAUAAAAUUUUGAUAUUCUUUAUAAUUUUUUUACAAAGUUAAUGUUAUGAAUAUAAUAUGUUAUUAUUGGUAGUCAGCUCUUACACAUUAAAUAAGUUCCUCUUUUGUUACUAACAUUAGGAACCACAAUUGUAAAUAGUAAUUACUAUUUUCUAAUGUUAAUUGUUAAGUUGUAAUAAUUUUGAAAUUGUGUUUUCUCCCUAGUUGACUAGUUAAUGUUGAAUAAAAAUUUGUUGUUGAAUAAAAAAUUAAACUCUUCUUUUAAAGCUAGACAUUUUAAUCAUGCAUGUUACCUUUUUAUUUCUAUGUUAAAUAUUGUUAUUGCUGAUGUGUGUAUAUGUUUUUAAAUCUAUACUUUAGAUUUAUAUUAAAAAAAUCUAUUUAAGUGCCUUUAAAACCAGUGAAUAAAAAUAAAUUAUAAAUAAAAUAUUUUAUGUUGUCAAUGACAUGUUAAACAUACCUAAUUGUUAUGUUUAAUUAUUGUAUAUCUGUUAUUCAUUUAUGUAUAUACUUAUAAGUUUUUUUUAUCUUCACACUUACCUACAUAUUUAAAAAACAAAGAAUCUCUGAUAUACUCUUAAGAUAUUAAGUUUCUUCAGUUUUUUACCAGUAAUAUUUAUCUAUUUCUAAAAAUAUUUUAGGACUGUUUUGAAUAUUUAGUGUUUAAAUUGUUUUGUAAAAAUAUUUUUGACCGGGAAAUGUAAGUUUGAACAAAAUCACUAGUUGUACUGCUUUCACAUUUUUCAAUACUUGUGAUUGUUCUUUCCUCUACCCUUUAUAAUUCAGUUACAUAUAACUUCUUUAUAUAUGUAAUAUGAGUUAAUUAUAUUUUAUUGAUUAUAAUUUCUUACUGUAAUUUUAUUCCCAAAUAACCAUGUAAUCAAAGUUGUUUACUUUCACAAAUGUAUUUGCUAACAAAAAUAUUAGUAAUUCACUUUUAAAAAGCAUUACUGAAAGUUUUGCUUAGAACUGGAUAGUUAUUUCUAAUAACCUAAACAGGAAAUAGUAUGGUAAAGGAAUGAUACAAAUACUUUUCAGCUGUGAAAAAGUAUGUGCAAAGCUUAAUUUUUAAUACCCCUGAACUGCCAGCUGUCUUUUUCAUUGGAACAUUUUGUAACAUAGACAGUGCAAAAUACAAAUUUUUCAUGAGUUUUGGGUUACCUUUUAUAAUUGUUUUAAUUUAUAACAUUUUCAAAUUUAACAAGAAUGAAUUUCCUAGAUGUAUAGAUGAAGCUAUGUUUCAGUGUAAACACAUUUUGGUGAACCGUGUAUCAAGUGUGUGUAUAACUGAUAAAAAUUUAGAAUGUUUUACAUAUUUAAAAAAAAAUGUUUGAGCAAAUUAUAUGCUAAUAAACAAAGUGCCUUGAAUGAAUUAUAACUCCUAUUUUAAUUUUGUUAUUCGUAUAGAAUAUGUUUGUUUGUAUUGUUAAUACUACAUAUAUGUGCAUGUUGAUCUUUUCCAGUGUUGCUUAGUUGACAUUAUGUUCUAUGUGUUUUUAUUCUGUUGAAGUAUUAGUAUAUUCAUUUUUAAUAUUACUCUUGGAUUUGUGUAUCAUUUAUUAUGAAAGAAUAAAAAAAAGUUUUAGCUAUA